AUGCCGAUUUCACGGCAAAUUCGUGUCGAAUUCAUGGCGCUGCUGGGUGAGGUUCAUUCUUUGCGAGUCGCCAGCUCUAUUGACUCCGAAUGCGUUGUCCGCCCCGCGUUUCUUCCCCCGCAGAACGCGGAGGCUCUGCUGUCGCUCGGCGCGCUGCAUCUGCUGCUGCCGCUCGCGCAGGACAGCAUGGCGUCCGUGCGAUCCGCUGCGACGCUGUCGCUGGGUCGCCUGGCGAAUGUGUCGCAUACGUGGUCGCACCACCUCGUGCAGCGCAACGUGCUGCCGUCGCUCUGCAAAGCGCUCACGUCAGUCCUCCUCUUACUGAAUCUAUUCGACGAGGCUGUAGCGCGGAUAGCCCUCUCAGUGCUGACUGACGUGGCACGCCACUCGCUGCUGCACGCUACAGCCGUGGCCAAUGCGGGCGGCAUCACCGUCGCCGUCUCUCUCACCUCCUUUUCACCCGUUUGCACCCAUCUUGACGACCCCAUGUGCCUCCUUGCACACCCGCUUGUCUUUCUGCUUCGCCUGUUUUCCCACCCGUCUGCAUCCCUUACAGAAACACCGAAUGGCACAUCUCCUCGCUUCACGGCAUGGCCUCCUGCUGCCUACACACUCCACUAUUCCGGCAUGGGGGGCAUGGGGGGCAUUGGGCCGCUGCUCGAUGCUGUGGGCACGUGGAGGGACGAGGGCGAGGGGGAGGGCAUGACCAAAGGCUCCGCCAAGGUUUCAGUGGUGGUGGCGCUCGGCUUCCUCGCAGCUUCCUCCCUCGAUGCAGCGCUGGCAGUGGCGAUGCAGCGCUACCAUGUGAUGCAGCGCUGGCAGGGGUGGCAUGGGACGGUAUGGGGUGGCAUGGGACGGCAUGGGGUGGCAUGGGACGGCAUGGGGUGGCAUGGGACGGCAUGGGGUGGCAUGGGAUGGCAUGGGACGGCAUGGGGUGGCAUGGGACGGCAUGGGGUGGCAUGGGACGGCAUGGGGUGGCAUGGGACGGCAUGGGGUGGCAUGGGACGGCAUGGGGUGGCAUGGGACGGCAUGGGGUGGCAUGGGACGGCAUGCAGCGCUGGCAGGGGAUGUCCGGGUAUGGGUGGGGAUGGGUAUGGAUGGGUGGGAUGGGUGGGGAUGGGUAGGAAUGGGUGGGAUGGGUGGGGAUGGGUGGGGAUGGGUGGGGAUGGGUGGGAAUGGGUGGGAAUGGUUCCUGUAAGUCACGAUGCUCUAUACGUUCAGUUCCUUCACGAUGCUCUAUACGUUCAGUUCCUUCACGAUGCUCUAUACGUUCAGUUCCUUCACGAUGCUCUAUACGUUCAGUUCCUCAGUUCCCAUUGCGACCACAAGCGCGCAGCAGCAUAUCUAGUCAAGGCCGUGUCACGCCACGCUGGCACUGAGCUGGCAGAGGCGGGCGUGCUGCCGUUGCUGACGGAGUGCCUUCUGGCUGCCAUGCUGGCGGUGCGCGAGACUGCUGCGUGCGCAAUGGGCCACGACGAGGCUGUGGCGCGGAUAGCCCUCUCAGUGCUGAUUGGCCUCCCCUGCAGCACCAUGCUUGCUCCUUCCCUCCAUUUCACCCUGCAGAUGCUCUCCCUUCGUCCUGCCAUUGCCGUUUCUUCCCGUGAUGACGGAAGCCGAUCGGGCGCAGAACGACCCGCGGGUUCAUCAGAUGGACGCUCAGACGGGGACGAUGGUUUUCGUGUUAGAUCGGAGCCGUGGAUCUUCAACCUGACCGAACUUCCUCCUGAUUCGACGGCCGCGCGUUUGUCAGAGGAGAGCAAGGAGAACAUGUGGCUGUUGCAUCAGAAGGAUCCGGGUCAUUGGAGCGUCGCACGGCUGGCUCGCGAGUAUCGCGUGCGACAGCAGCGAGUGCAUGCGAUCCUGUGGCUCAAGGAUCUGGAGAAGAAGAUGGAGGAGGAGCAAGGCAAGCCUCUUGAUGACUCCAUCGCGAAGGAGUUUGAGAAGCAGCAUGGGUUCGUUUCCUACGACAAGGCAGUGGGAGAGCGCCAUGUGAAGAUCUACCCGAGUGAAGCCGUGGACUCGCUUCCAGAGGGGCCGGAGAGAGUGAAGCUGCUGCUACAGGAGUCUGAGAAGGAGGAGAUGUGGAAACUGGACGAGUUUGUCAAGAGAAUGGAGUUCAACAAAAAACAGUCCGUGGAUGCGACUGACCAGGCGGCUAUCAAGGCAGCGAUCACAUCAAUAGAUGAGGAGUGCCCUAUUGACAUCCUGCAGUGCAAUGCCGGCAUUGUGAGGACCGGACUUGUGGAAGACUUAUCGGCUGAAGACGUGCAGUCACAGGUUCACACCAACUUCCUGGGGAGUGUGUACCCAGUGCAGGCUGUACUCCCAAGCAUGAAGGCUCGUGCCGAUGCUGGGGAAGAGCCUGGUGCUAUUGUCUUCACGUGCUCCCUAGCAGCUCUGAGCUUCUGGAUUGUAUCACUGCUGGUCCGUGUGCUCAUCUUCUCUGGAUUGCGGGCCAUCCACAGGCAGCAGCAGCAGCAGGAGCAACGGCAGCAUGAGAAGGGGUUGCAGCAGCCGGCAGGGAAAAAGAGGAGUGGAGCCGUGUCAUAG